AUGGCUUUAGAAAUUCUUGCCCUGGCCCCUUUCUACCAAGUCCCCACCAUGAACAAAAUGGGACUAAAGACAGACGCCUCUAAAAAGCCAGCUGACCUGCUGAAACCCUUGGUCCCCUCUAAGAGCAAACUCACCACCAUCGAGGCCAAGAGAAUCAUGUCUGUCCUGGAGGAGGCCAUCUACAAGGUGGAGUUGGUGACGGUGCUGUCGUACGUGGCCUCCAACCCAGAGGACGUGGAGAAGGUGCUGGGCGAGGACAUCCUGAGGGCAGUGAGAGAGCAUGAGGACCUCUGCCAGGCCCUCCUGGAAAAUGUCAGGGACCUGGAAGAGAAAGAAAGGCAGCUGCAGGAAGAGGAAGAGCUGGAGGAGGAAGGGUGGCUCAGAGACCUUGACCUCUUCAUAGAGGUGCAGAAAUCCAGCCUCUUGCCACUUAUGCAGCAGAUCAAGGACUCCACCAGGAACGUCCUGAGACUCUUGCUCAGUAACCCCCAGGCUGCCGGGUUCCUGCAGAUGCAGACCCAGGGCAGAAGCGCAGAAGCCCAGAAGUUUAUUGACAGCCUGAGAGAGCUCCAGGGUUUCCUGUUUGAGAAGCUACUCACUAGCCCCAUGGAAGCUAGGGAAAAGGCCCAGUUCAUUCAGGACAUCAAUAAACGAAAUCGGAGGAACCAAGAAGUCAUUGAUGCUCUUGAAAAUGAAUUGACAGCACGAAUGAAGAGCAGGGAUGCAGAGGUGGAGAAGGAGAACUUUGUGAUCCAACAACUGAAAAACCGCCUGCAGGAGGUGCUCAAGUUCUCGGAGAACAGCCUCCUCCGAACCAAGCAGGAGGCCGAGAAGCAGCAGAAGGCGGACUUCCGGGCCUCGCAGGCCAGGGUGGCCAAGAUCCAACAGGAGAUCCUGAAGCUGCGGUCACAGUUCCACAACCUGGUCACGGAGAACCGGGAGGCGGAGCAGGCGCUGAGAAAGAAGAAAUACAAAGUGGAGACGGAAAUCGAGAACUGGAUCCAGAAAUACGAUACGGAGAUGGGUGAAAAGCAGGAGGAGUACGAGGACCUGGACCUCAUGCACAAGGAGGAGAAGGCGCAGCUGCAGGAGCUGAAGCACAGGCACGACGUGCUGCUGGAGGAGUUUGCGCAGAUCCGGGAGGAGCGGGAGAUCCUCUCCAAGAAGCGGCUGGAGGCCGAGCAGGAGAUGGUGCGCAUGGUGCGCGCCGCCACGCUCAUCCAGGCCGUGUGGAAGGGCUACCUGGUGCGCUCCCUGCUCAGAUCCAAGAAGAAGAAGCGGGGCAAGGGCAAGGGGAAGGACAAACAGAAGGGCAAGGAGAAGGGCAAGGGGAAGGGCAAG